AUGGACUUCAAUGCCAGUACCGGAGAUUUCAACGCCAGCGCAGUGUUUUUUGACAGCGAUGGAGAAGAUGAGAAGGAAGACAUUUAUUUCGAUGCGUCACCAUCUGCUAACCCAAAGGUGAAGUCGCUGCGACCAGAUAUGGGAAAGAGGACUGAUAGCUCUGGCGCCUUGGAGCAACUCAUGUCGGAACAGCCUGUCCCAAAGUCCCCAGGAAAGAAUGGUGCCGGUACGAGAAGGUCACGAGAGAGGAGGCUUCAGGACAACGCUUCUUCUUGGGACAAACUGAAGAAGCGGAUGAAGAGCCCGGGACGUCUUGGCAGUCCUCGACGAGUCAGCAGUCCUACUAGAAUGCAAAACUUGGAUACCGGAGAGAGCUUGGUGUCGAGCAGUGAUCAUGCACUUUAUGCUGGCAGUAGACGACGUUCAGGGGGCAGCCUGUCCACUAGUAUGGCAGGGGGAAUCAGAUCAAGAGCGUCUAGAGCUGCGUCAUCACAUGGGGGUGGUCGACAAAGCACCACACUAGAUGAAAUCGCUUCCGAAUCUCCCAGACAACGAAGCGCUGCUUCACCACAUGGUGCUGGUACCGGUAGCGGUAGCGGUAGCCCACCAUUGGAUAACAUUGCAUCCGAAUCACCCAUAACACGACGCCGGGCACGCAAAAAGAAAGAGUCUAUGGAAUCUGAUGACAGCAGUGUGAUCAGCAGCCGCAGUACGUUGUCGACCAAGAGCGCCGGCGCUUUAUCCAAAAGCCCUCGCACUCGCAGCAAAAAGGUCAAGAACGCAGUGGUCGAGGACUCUCCUUCCGUGUCGAGCGAAAAAACACCGCGGAACCGGCUCCGUCGAAAAGGGGCCCGCAAAAAUGAAUUCUAUACACCCAAUCCACGUUCCAAACCCAUGGUAGAGCUCAACGAUUUGGCACGCCUCACCGAUGUCUAUCACGACGCUGUGGUGAAUACCAAAAGUAAGACCAAAAAUACACGACAGUCGAGUGCCGAUUCUUCCACAGACAUCAAGCUGAGUGACGGCGAGGUGUCACUGACACCCUCCAUCCCGGCACUGCCGUUUGAUGACGAUGACGAUGACGACGAUGGGGCCACGAUAACGUCGGCCAAAACUUCAAUGAGUGGCAAGAGUAGUGGUGACAAGAAGAAGAAAAAAAAGCGAGCCUCCGGCGACAGGGUUUCUUCCAAAUCUCCAGGCCGUUUGAAACGGUCGGCCAAGGUGGAUGUCUCGGGGUUUGAAAACGAUAUUGCCGUCUUGCAAGAGGAAGUCUUGCGGUUGAAAGAGUCCAAAAUUACGGCAGACUCGGAAACAUCCAAGCACAUGCAAGAGUUGCGGCGCAAGGCCUUUGAUGCUCGAUUGGAAUUGCAAAAAAGUCAAUUGGAAAAUCGACAGGUGCGGUCCGAUUUGAGGGAUCAGACGACAGCACUGAAUGAAGCCGAAUUGGAUAUCGAGGCUUUGGAAAAGAGAUUAAACGAAAGGGAAAACGAAAUUGAACAAUUACGGAGAAAAUUGAAGGAACAAUCCAUGAAUGGUGACGGGAAUGGCUCUAGUCGUAGCGGCGACACCGAUAUCACGCCUCCUCCUCCCCCACCACAGCCAGCAACUCCAAAAACUCCGAGUUCAUCGGCUAAAUCACAGCAGGCGAUCAUUGAUAGGUACGAGGCAAUCAUUAAUCGAAAGGAUUCCAAGGUCGCCAAUUUGGAACGGGAAUUGAGAAGGCUGCGAAAGAGUGGUGGAGGGGUUUUGCAGUCGGAACAAAAUGAAAUGCAAGAGACCAUUGCCGACUUGCAGCGGGCACUCAAAGAAAGUCAAGCCAAAACUAUUGCCAUUUCGAACAAAUUCAGUGGACAAAAGGACCAAUAUGCUGCCCUUGAAGAAGAAGUUCACCAUUGGAAGUCUCAAGCCUUUGGCAUGGAAGAUGAAGUUGCUGAAGUACGAACCCAGCUCAAGUACUGGAUGGCCAAGUACGAAGAUAUUGUUGGCGCCAGUGACACUGCCAAGGCCCAACUUGCCAGCUCGGAUAAAAAUGCCAGGGAUGGAAACAAAAAGAUGCUGAACGCCUCCUAUCAUACUCAGGAUAGCGGGGACUCGGACAUUGAUGACAAUGCACCCGAAGAUCGCAGCUUGUGGUCCAAGAUAAUGACUCCAGGCCGGGAAAAACCCAAACUCAAGCUCGACACCUCCCAAUUUCGCUAG